GCGGAGCACAGCAGGUUGUCCUUCGAAAAUUCGAUCGGCGUCAACCUACGCAGGAGUUCGGCCAUGGCGCCUGACUCUCCUCGCGGCCGAAUCGAUCAGUUCUUUCCUUUGAAAAAGAAGAGGAAGGUCCUGUCACAGGACGCGAAAUCUGGGAGGCCAGAAAAAGAAGCAAGAUGCCAAAUUGAAGGUUCUCCUAGCACCAAAGCUUCUCUAGAAAGCUAUUUGGAGGUUUCAAAGAAUGAUUACUCAUCAGCCAAGUGUUUGAGCUCUAUUUUGGAUCAAAUUUCCAGAGAGGUUCUCAAUUUGGAGGGUACGACAUUGGAUUCUGGUGUAUUGCCGAGAAAUGAAAAUGAAGAUGCCCACACCCAGCAAUCGGAAAUCCCAGGUGCUUCUGGUUGUGCUCAGGAAGUAAAAUGUGACCCGUUGUCUGAUAUUUGUAGUGCUGGAACAAAUAAUAUUCUGAAGGAAUCUUUAGAAACUGCAAAUACUCAACGGAACUCUGAGCUGAAGGAGUUUGCUACUGGCUUCUUGUCAAUUUACUGCAGUGAGGUGCAAAAUAGUGUUAAGUUGAUUUCAGAAUUAAAGGAAUCUGCAGAUGGAGGGCACACUAAUUCAACCAACCUUCAGCUAGAGGAGAGGCCAAUGAAAAGAAGGCAUUUUGAAAAUGAUGGGAAUCAAUCCAACAUUCAAAAUGAAUCCAUUUCCUCUCCAAACCCUUCUAAAGUUUUCAAGGAACCUCAAGAUACAAAUUCAAAUUGUUUGCAUAAGGGUGUAAUGUGUACUAAUUCCUUUGCAACUGAAGCAACUAUGAGGAAAUGCAGUUUCACAGAUGCUCCUUGUGUCGCUGAAUGUGUAACCCCUGGCACUUUCACUAUCAGACCUGAAGCUCAAGAAACUCCUAAGUCCAGACGUCGAAGCUCCUUUUUUUCUCCUGGAGAAGAAUUUUGGAAUGAAGCAAUUUUAGUAGCUGAUGGAUUUGUUGCUCCAAAUGAUGUCACUUCUUUGCAUAUUACUGAAAAAAGUGAAAACGUGAAGCAUGAUCAUAAGAUUCACAAUUCAAGCAUCGUGGACUGCGAGAGCAGCAGAGUCGAUGGAGGGUUUAUAGAGAUGGCCUGUGAUGUUGGGUCUGCUGCUUGCUCUUUGGACACUGAUCGCGAAAAUCGGCACAAAGAAGUAUCACCGUUACCUGUGAAGCACAUUGACUUUGGUUUUGAGGCAAAACAGUUUGGCAAGGACUCAGUCGCUAAUAGCACCAGACCAGAUAAUUUCGCUACCAAACCAGAUAAUUUCGCAACCAAACACAAUACAGUUUCCUCCACCCAUCAUCGCAAUCCACAAAGUGAAAAGCAUAUGCGGAUUCAUCCCAAGGAUCAAAUGGAUGAAGUUGGGUCUGAUAUCCAAGGAAUAAACUCCGCAUGCAUUGUUCCCAAAAGAGACAAUGCACAGUCGAACAAUGUUAUGGUUAAUACACCAGAUAGACAGUAUAAUAAUAUUAUUGCUGGUGAUGAAUCCAAAAGUGUUUGUACUCCAGCAAGUGUUUCCUCAACAAAGAAUUCUUUGGAUCUCAGUAGAUGGCUCCCACCUGAAAUAUGUGACAUAUACAACAAGAAGGGGAUUUCAAAAUUGUAUUCUUGGCAGGUUGACUGUCUUCAAGUGGAUGGUGUUUUGCAGAAUCGGAAUCUUGUUUACUGUGCAUCUACAAGUGCCGGUAAAAGUUUUGUUGCUGAAAUAUUAAUGCUACGAAGAGUUCUAUCAACUGGAAAGAUAGCACUUCUUGUGCUUCCAUAUGUAUCUAUCUGUGCAGAAAAGGCAGAGCACCUUGAAGUUCUCUUAGAACCUGUAGGUAAACAUGUUAGGAGUUUUUAUGGAAAUCAAGGUGGUGGUACUCUUCCCAAGGAUACAUCUGUGGCUGUGUGCACUAUUGAGAAAGCAAAUUCUUUGAUUAAUAGGUUACUAGAAGAGAGCCGUUUAUCGGAGCUUGGUACCAUUGUGAUUGAUGAACUACACAUGGUUGGUGAUCAGAGUAGAGGUUAUCUUUUGGAACUCCUGUUGACAAAGCUUCGCUAUGCAGCUGGUGAAGGAAGCAUAGACUCGUCUAGUGGAGAAAGUACAGACACUAGCAGUGGUAAAUUUGAUCCUGCCCGUGGCCUUCAAAUUGUUGGCAUGAGUGCAACAUUAUCAAAUGUGGCUGCAGUUGCUAACUGGCUUCAGGCUGCCUUAUAUGAGACAGACUUCCGUCCAGUUCCAUUAGAGGAAUACGUUAAAGUUGGUAGUACAAUUUAUAACAAAGAUAUGAAAAUCAUUAGGACGAUCCCAAAAGUGGCAGAUCUUGGUGGUAAGGAUCCAGAUCAUAUAGUUGAACUGUGUAAUGAGGUUGUUCAAGAAGGUCACUCAGUACUGAUAUUUUGUUCUAGUCGAAAAGGGUGUGAAUCAACUGCAAAGCAUAUUGCAAAGUAUCUCUUAAAAUUCUCUGCAAGCCCUCGCAGUGACCAAGGCGAGCCAUUUGAUAUUGCUUCUGCUAUUGAUUCAUUGAGAAGAUCCCCUGCUGGGUUGGAUCCCAUACUAGAAGAAACCCUUCCUUCUGGUGUUGCAUAUCAUCAUGCUGGGCUCACAGUUGAGGAGAGGGAGACUGUUGAAACAUGUUACCGCAAAGGACUUGUCCGUGUCUUGACAGCUACAUCAACUCUAGCGGCUGGAGUUAAUUUGCCUGCCCGAAGGGUUAUAUUUAGGCAACCACGCAUUGGUCGUGAUUUUAUUGAUGGGACAAGGUAUAGGCAGAUGGCUGGACGGGCAGGUCGGACUGGCAUAGACACACAGGGAGAAAGUGUGCUGAUUUGCAAGCCAGAGGAAACCAAGAAGAUACUAGCACUCCUUAAUGAUAGUUGCCCUCCACUUCAUUCUUGCCUGUCAGAAGAUAGAAAUGGGAUGACCCAUGCAAUACUUGAGGUUGUUGCAGGAGGAAUUGUUCAAACUGCUAGUGAUAUUCAUCGAUAUGUAAGGUGUACACUUCUCAAUUCAACAAAACCAUUUGAAGAUGUUGUGAAGUCGGCACAAGAUUCCCUUCGGUGGUUAUGUCAUAAAAAAUUCCUUGAAUGGAGCGAAGAGACUAAACUAUACACCACUACUCCCCUUGGCUGGGCAUCCUUUGGUAGUUCUCUAUGCCCGGAGGAAUCACUUAUUGUGCUGGAUGAUCUCGUAAGGGCGAGAGAGGGCUUUGUCCUUGCAUCAGAUUUACAUAUGGUGUACUUAGUUACUCCCAUUAAUGUUGAUGUGGAACCAGACUGGGAGCUCUAUUAUGAGAGAUUCAUGCAGUUAUCCCUUUUGGACAAGUCUGUUGGUAAUCGGGUUGGAGUACAAGAACCCUUUCUAAUGCGAAUGGCUCAUGGUGCACCUCUUCGAACAUCACACAAAUCACGAGAAAAAGCCAAAGGUUUUCAAGGUGGGAGUGAUCAGAGAGUACAGAUGUCAAACCAUGGCAUACUUUCUGAUGAUCAAAUGCUUAGAGUCUGUAAACGCUUCUAUGUUGCUCUUAUUUUAUCACGGCUUGUGCAGGAAGCUCCUGUUGGUGAAGUUUGUGACGGUUUUAAAGUGGCUAGAGGCAUGGUUCAAGCAUUACAAGAAAAUGCUGGAAGGUUUGCAUCGAUGGUUGCAGUAUUCUGUGAGAGGCUUGGUUGGAAUGAUCUUGAAAGCUUAGUUGCCAAAUUUCAGAAUCGUGUGUCAUUUGGAGUUAGAGCGGAGAUUGUAGAGCUUACUGCCAUUCCUUAUAUUAAGGGUUCACGAGCUAGAGCGCUUUAUAAGGCUGGUUUACGAACGCCUCAAGCUAUUGCUGAAGCAUCAAUUCCUGAGAUUACAAAAGCGCUUUUUGAAUCUUCUUCAUGGAGUUCACACAGCACAGCCCAAAGGAAAAUGCAAAUGGGAAUUGCCAAAAAGAUAAAGAAUGGUGCUCGUAAAAUUGUUCUUGAUAAAGCUGAAGAGGCAAGACUUGCUGCUUUCUCAGCCUUCAAAUCUCUUGGGCUUGACAUGCCACAUCUGUCUCGUCCCAUAUCAUUCACUGCUACAGGGAAUGAUUGCCAAAAAGACCUCGCAACAUCGUCUGGGGAUGAGUCCACAAGUAGUUAUGCCAUUAUUAAGCAUAACAGUAAUUCUUUGGAUGUGCCAAUGUCCGGGAACAAAUGCAAGAUCAAUAGAGUUAUUUCAGAAGCUGAAGAAGAAGGGGGCUUGGCAUCCUCCAUGAAAGAAAACGCAUCAGGGUUUACACAGUGCGAAGUUCCCAUUGAAAAGCCAAUUGAAAGGCGCACUUUGCUCGAGGAGUAUACUAAAGACCUUAAUAAUAAAGUAAAUAGCUUCAGUUACAAGGAAGCAAUCACCUCUCAUCCAUCACUUAUUCCUGGCUGUCCAAACAAUCAGUCUGAUGAGUGUCGUGAUCUUGUUAGGCAAAAGCAGCCUACAAGUGAAAACAUAUGCAUGGGAAGGAAAGAAAGUGCAUUGGAAAUGGGUCCUGCAAAUGCUGCUAGUAUUCCUGGUGGAGUUGAUUCCUUCUUGAAUCUUUGGGAUUCAUCCACAGAGUUUUUUUUUGAUAUACACUAUACUAAAAAAUCUGAAAUGAACUCUAUUGCUCCAUUUGAAAUCCAUGGCAUAGCCAUUUGUUGGGAAGCUUCUUCUGUUUAUUAUUUAAAUAUUCCCAAGGAUUUAUUCCGCUCUUACAAUAAAGGAGAUCAUCAGGCAGCCGGUAGCAAGGAUGUAGUACCAAAGAUGGAGACUGAAAUGGCCACAAACCGAUGGGGCAGAAUUGGUGUUAUAAUGGGGAAAGAAAAUGUUAGAAAGUUUAGUUGGAACUUAAAAGUUCAGAUUCAAGUGCUUCGGAGUCCUGCUAUAGCUACUCAGAAAGUAAGCAGCCUUGCAGGUGGAGUGAAAAAUUUGGGUCUAGAACUGAUUGAAAACACUUACAUUAUGUUCCCCCCUGUCCAUGUGAGGGCUGCAAUUGAUAUGUGUAUUGUAGCAUGGAUCCUUUCGCCUGACGAGGAGAAAAAUUUCAAUCUCAAUCUGGAAAAGGAAGUUAAAAGGAGGUUAUCUAGUGAGGCUGCUGCAUCUGCUAAUCGAAGCGGAAGAUGGAAGGAUCAGAUGCGAAGAGUUGCACAUAAUGGUUGCUGCCGCAGAGUUGCACAAACUCGUGCUUUGUUUUCAGUUCUAUGGAAGUUAUUAGAAUCUGAAGAACUGGUUGAACCCUUGAUGAAUAUUGAAGUCCAGCUGACUAAGGUUCUUGCGGAUAUGGAAUUCUGGGGAAUAGGUGUUGACAUGGAAGGGUGCCUUAGAGCACGUCAUAUCCUUGGAAGAAAACUCAAGUUGCUGGAGAAGGAAGCUUACAAACUAGCUGGCAAGACAUUUUCAUUGUCAAUGCCAGCAGACAUAGCAAAUAUUCUCUACGAACACUUGAAGCUGCCCAUGCCAGAAGGCUAUAGAGGGAAACAGCACCAUAGUACUGACAAGCAUUGUCUGGAUAUACUCAGGAAUGAGCAUCCUAUCGUACCAGUAAUUAAGGAGCAUCGUACACUGGCUAAACUCUUGAAUUGUACUUUAGGAUCAAUUUGUUCACUUGCAAAGCUUUCUAAUAGAGCCCAGAAGUAUACCCUCCAUGGUCAUUGGCUCCAGACAUCUACUGCAACUGGCCGACUUUCAAUGGAGGACCCUAACCUCCAGAAUGUUGAACAUAUGGUUGAGUUCAGAAUGGACAAGGAUGAAGGCACAUCAGGUGUUGAUGACUAUAAAAUCAAUGCACGUGAUUACUUUGUCCCUACUCAGGAUGAUUGGUUGCUUCUAACUGCGGAUUAUUCUCAAAUAGAACUAAGACUCAUGGCUCAUUUCUCAAAAGAUAAUACAUUGAUUAAACUCCUGAGUAGUGCUCAGGCUGAUGUCUUUACCAUGAUUGCUGCAAAAUGGAGUGAGAAAGAUGAGACCAUUGUGAGUUUGCAAGAGCGAGAGCAAACAAAGAAACUGGUUUAUGGACUUCUUUAUGGAAUGGGACCCAACACACUGUCAGAACAGUUGCAAUGCAGUCCUGAUGAAGCUUCAGAAAAAAUACAAAACUUCAAGAGAUCUUUCCCUGGGGUUGCUUCCUGGCUUCAGGAAGUAGUUACAUCUUGCCGUAACAAGGGUUAUGUGAAAACCCUUAAGGGAAGAAAACGCUUCUUGACAAAAAUUAAAUUUGGUAAUAGUAAGGAAAAAUCCAAAGCUCAGAGGCAGGCAGUCAAUUCUAUAUGUCAGGGAUCUGCUGCUGACAUAAUAAAAGUUGCAAUGAUACGUUUGCAUGGUGUGCUUUGUGAGGAUAAUGAGACAUGUGAUCCAAGCUUUACAGCUGUUCAAAACUUUCAAAUGCUUAAGGGUCGGUGUCGAAUUCUUUUACAGGUACAUGAUGAACUGGUAUUGGAAGCUGAUCCUUCUGUUAUAAAGGAAGCCGGAUUGUUGCUGAAAACAUGCAUGGAAAGUGCUGUGUCACUUCUUGUUCCUUUGCCUGUCAAAUCGAAAAUCGGGAGAACUUGGGGAUCUCUGGAACCAUUUGAACCUAAUUAGUAUGUAUGUAUCUGUGGGCUACAUUCAAAGAGCAUAUGUAAUGAAAUGUUGCAUCUGGGCAAUGAGUUUAUUCACCAGAUUUGGGGACAUUGAACCACAAAGAAAUGUAUAAAAGAAGUACGCCACUUUUCUACAUCAGCUUUUUAGGGAAGGAGUACCUUGAUUUGCUUGGUAGAUCGCCAUAAAAUGUUAUACAAAGGAUCUUUUUGUUGUACAAGAAACAUUGCUAAUCAUGGUGUCUGGAGUCCUGUAGAAGCUGGGUAAGCUGUUUAUUAAUAUUUUAAGAACACUACCCACAUUUUUUUUUUCUCAAUUGUCAUACAUGAGAUACAUGUACAUAGAUUUGGUAUAAAGAGGCAUUACCUUUCCUUUGCAAAUUUCCUUUGGUGUUUUCUAAUGGUAUAUAUGUACAUUUAUAUUAAUUUAACUUUAUUAUCAUUGUAUUGUGAGGUACAUUGAGCUCAAUACUUUUCCAAAAACUAUGCGAGAA